ACAGUACUUUUUAGUUUUUAUUUUACUUGAAAUUUACAUGUGAACUUUGAACGUAGACUUAGGAAAUAAUAUUCUGUGAGAAAGAUUUACAAAUUAAAGGUAAAUAAUUUCUAAAUAAAGCACGUAAGUACCUAGAAGUCAAAAUGGAUGGCUUAGAGUUAGUUUCAUCAAAUAAAAUAUAUGGAGGCUUUCAAAAGGUAUACAGCCAUGAAUCGUCUGAACUUAAAUGUAAAAUGAAUUUCUCCAUUUAUUUACCCCCUCAAGCUGAGGGUGGUGAUACAAAACUACCUGUCAUAUUCUACCUAUCGGGACUUACAUGCACUGAACAAAACUUCAUUUCUAAAUCUGGAUUUCAAAGAUACGCUGCAGAGCAUGGUAUUGUUGUUGUUGGACCAGACACCUCUCCUCGAGGAGUUAAAAUACAAGGUGACGAUGAGUCUUGGGAUUUUGGGAUAUCAGCUGGAUUUUAUUUAGAUGCAUCGAAAGAACCUUGGUCUAGCAAUUAUAGAAUGGGAAGUUAUCUUAAUAAAGAACUGUAUGAUUUAAUCAUCAGUGCCUUCGGCAAUGUUGUAGAUCCAGCAAGAAUUGGAAUAAUGGGUCACAGUAUGGGAGGGCAUGGUGCCUUAAUAUCUGUGCUGAGAAAUCCAGGCCAAUACAAAUCAGUUAGUGCCUUUGCACCUAUUUGUAACCCGUCUACUUGCCCAUGGGGAGUCAAAGCCUUUACUAGAUAUUUGGGAGACAAUAAAAAUGACUGGAAAGAAUGGGAUGCAACUGAGCUUGUAAAAAAAUACAAUGGACCACCACUAACUUUGUUUCUUGAUCAGGGUGCUGCUGAUAAAUUCUAUAUUGAGAAACAACUUCAACCAGAAAUUCUAGUGGAGGCUUGUCGAUCUGUUGGAGUCCCCGUUAUUCUAAAUGUACGGGAUGGAUAUGACCAUUUGUAUUACUACAUCUCCACAUUUAUAGCAGAACACUUCGACUUUCAUGCGAAGAUUCUAAAGGCAUAAAACACUUGUGACCUUAAAUUAAAUAAUGAUAUAUUUGUUGUAUAUUUCGAUACACAUAGUGUUUAUAUACAACCUGUGAACCGACUACUCUCAAAAGCAUUUAUUUAUAUGUAUAUCUGUCAAACAGAUUAAUAAUAAAGGGUUUAUAGAA